AUGACCAGGCUUGGUCUGACAGCCGACUCGUUCAAGCGCCGUACUCUUGAGGACGAGCACAACCAACUCAACAAGACUCUCAAGAGUCGCCACUUGAGUAUGAUUGCCAUUGGUGGCUCUAUCGGUGCUGGUCUCUUUGUCGGUUCUGGUGGAGCUCUGAGAACCGGAGGUCCCGCUGCUCUUCUCAUUGGUUUCGGUAUCAUGGGUGUCAUGAUCUUCAACGUUGUAUACGCUCUCGGUGAACUCGCUGUCAUGUUUCCCAUCUCGGGAGGUUUCUACACAUACUCUGUCCGCUUCAUCGAUCCUGCCUGGGGCUUCGCCAUGGGCUGGAACUAUGUCUUCCAGUGGGCGAUUGUGCUUCCGCUUGAACUGGUCGUCGCGGGUUUGACUGUCAAUUAUUGGGGCUUGGACGUCAACGUUGGCAUCUGGAUCACGGUCUUCUUCCUGCUCGUUGUCUUCAUCAACGUCUUUGGUGUCCUUGGCUAUGCUGAAGAAGAGUUUUGGGCAGCUCUCUUGAAGCUCUCGACUGUCUCCAUCUUCUUGAUCAUGGGUGUUAUCUUCGUGUGCGGAGGUGGACCAUCCAACGGCGAGUUCAGCGAGUAUGUUGGCGCACGCAACUGGUACAAUCCGGGAGCCUUCGCCGAUGGCUUUCCUGGUGUCUGCUCCGUGUUUGUCACCGCCGCCUUCUCUUUCUCAGGAACCGAACUCGUCGGUCUUGCUGCUGCCGAGUCAGCCACCCCUCAGAAGUCUCUUCCCUCCGCUAUCAAGCAAGUCUUCUGGCGCAUCACUCUCUUCUACAUCCUUGGCUUGUUCUUCGUUGGGCUGCUCGUUCGCCAUGAUGACCCUCGUCUUCUUGGAUCUGGAGGCUACCUUGAUGUAUCCACAUCACCUUUCGUCAUCACCGCAGUCGAUGCUGGUAUCCCUGCGUUUGGCGACUUUGUCAAUGCGGUCAUUCUUGUCUCUGUCAUCUCUAUCGGUCUCUCUGGUGUGUACGGUGGUUCUCGCACAUUGACUGCUCUCGCCGAACAAGGUUACGCCCCCAAGGUCUUCACCUAUGUUGAUAGAGCCGGCCGUCCUCUCUGGUCUACCAUUUUCGUUCUGGCUUGGGCUCCCCUUGCCUACAUCACUCUUGCCAGUACCGGAGUCAUCGUUUUCAAUUGGCUACAAUCGCUGUCUGGUUUGGCCGCUCUGUUCACCUGGGGUUCCAUCUGCCUUGCACACAUCCGCUUCCGCGCUGCCUGGAAGUAUCAGGGCCACACUCUCGACGAGAUCCCGUUCAAGGCUGUCUUCGGUGUCGUCGGAUCCUGGAUUGGCCUCGGCUUGGUAGUCAUUGUUCUGAUCGCUCAGCAGUUCUACGUUGCCGUCAAGCCUCUCAGCGUUGAAGCCUUCUUCUCUUCGUACCUUGCCUUCUUUGUCGUUGUCGUUUUCUACUUUAUUGGUGCUGUCUGGAAGCGCAAGAUCUGGCACAGACUAUCAGCCAUUGAUGUCGACUCUGGCCGUCGCGAGAUUGACUGGGAGCAUUUCAACAAGGUCAGGGCUGUAUAUGAGUCAUACCCUAUGUGGCGCAAGUUGUUGAGCCACAUGUUCUAG